GUGUUCUAUUUUUAGUACGUUGGGUGACCGGAAAUUCGGUGGCGUCAUCAACACGGAAGUUGGCGAGCCAAACCCAUUUCUGCACCUUCGUUAUUUUUGUGUGUUAGGAAAGUUAAUAAAUACAAUAAAAUGCAGCAAAAAGAAGAAGAAUACAAUGACUGCAAAGAUCUGUUUGAUUUAUUUGAUCACCGUGGAGAUCAAAAGAUUGCUGCCUCACAGCUAGGAGACGUCCUCAGAGCUUUGGGCCAUAACCCAACAGAGCAGGAGAUUAGAAAAUGUGGAUACUCAUCCAAUCCAGAUGCCAGAAUUUCAUUUGAGACAUUUUUCCCCAUCCAGAACACAAUAAGUAAGAAUCGCCCAGUUGCAGCUCUGGAAGAUUUUAUUGAAGGUUUCCGUGUAUUUGAUAAGGAUCAGAAUGGAACCAUUGCAAGUGCUGAACUCAGACAUAUCCUGACCUCACUAGGUGAGAAGUUAACCGAGGAGGAAUGUGACCAGUUGUUGGCAGGACAGGAGGACAGUCAAGGCUGUGUAAAUUAUGAAGAGUUCAUCAAGGUCGUCAUGAACGGCUAAACAACUUCCUGUGUUCUCAAGCUUUGUCAGAAAGGGACCUAAAACUGGAUUUCAUGUUUAAUGCUAAAAUGUCUUCAGAUUUUAUAAUUUAUAUCAAAUUGUUUUGAUUGCUUUCCUUGGCAUGCUGCAAACAUGAAGUAACUAAUACAUAAACCUACUUGCAUUUUAUGUAUUGAUGAUAGGGUUUUAAAAAGUAUGAAUGAAUUAUUUCAUAGUGAUCAAAACUACAAUGUAUUGCUUUACUUUUCCAUCUCUAAUUGCUUAUAUAUCCUGUUUUUAUGAAAGACUGUUGCCAUGGUAAUCCACUAAUUAGUAUGCUUCUCUUUGUGUUUACUCACUUGUGUAGACUCCUAGUGUGUGUGUAUAGAUCACACGUGGCAGGCAGGACCACUGAUGUAUUCUUGUGGUUAUUCCUUUGGUAAAUCUUGUUUUACUUGUCUACCAGGAUUGUCUUAACUGCUAUUACAUUGUGGCGUUUUUUUAAGAUCAUGUAGUGACUGAAAUAAAUACCUAGCUUUUUUUUUCAAACUGUUAUUUAAACUGAAUCAUUAUAAAAUUUAAAAGUAUUGUUGAGGCUUUAUUUUGAAAGUUCUAGUUUAUUAAUAUAAUAGAUGUAAUCAGAAUUUACAAAAGGUGUGUUGGUAAAGUAUUUAACGUAUGUUGGACAUUGUUACACAAUAUUUUGGGUGCUUUUUUUAUACAUAUGCCUAAUAUAGUUAUUCAAUAUUAGUCUAGCACUUAAAAUAGUAUAAAUGUUAUUAGAAAUAUAAAAUAUUUAGUUUCAGUGGAAAAAAAAAGGUUAAAACAAAUUUAUGUUUUCAUCUAGGCAUUAAGAAAAAUUUUGUUAGUUUUUUUUUCUGGGUCUACAAGAAUGUUGAAACAAAUAUAUAUUACAAUUAAAAGCUCUAAAUUACAAACAAA